AUGGAAGAAAGCGAGGAAGCCUUCGUCCUACUGGAAGAAGAAACUCAGAAAAUCCUAUCCAUGGAAACAAAGGAAACAAGUGGAUCAAAAAGAUCCAAGAAUAUGCUCUUUAACUUAAAGGUACAAAUUGAAAUCCUGAAUAUUCCCCCUUUUGAAGUUAAUGUCAUACUAGAUACAGGUGCCACUACCUGUUGCAUAGACGAAAAAGCUGUACCAGAUGCCGCGAUGGAAGAAAACCCCUACAUAGUACAUUUCAGCGGGAUUACCUCCAAAACUACAGCAAAUAAAAAACUGAAAGGAGGCAAAAUGACUAUUGGGGAUAACACCUUCAGAAUCCCAUACACUUAUGCGUUUACAAUGAGGCUUGGGGAUGACAUCCAGAUGAUAAUCGGAUGCAAUUUCAUAAGGGCAAUGCAAGGAGGAGUAAGGAUAGAAGGUAACAUAGUCACUUUUUAUAAGAACCUUACUACGGUUAGCACACUACCCUACAUCCCAGCCGCAGCAGCCAUAGAGGAAUUGGAUCUCGAAGAAGAUGACUACAUCCAGAUCCAAGAAGCAGUGUACUUCUCAGCAGAAGCCCAACAGAGCGAUAGUACUAUCAGGGCAAAAUUUGGAGGCUUACUAAAUCAACUAAAAGCCCAAGGAUACAUCGGAGAGGACCCCCUUAAGUACUGGGGAAAGAACAAAAUUCAGUGCAAACUAGAGAUCAAAAACCCUGAUUUUAUAGUAGAAGACAAGCCCCUGAAACACCUUACACCGCAGGCCAAGGAAGCAUUUUCAAAGCACAUAAGGGCCCUACUGGAAAUAGGAGUAAUAAGGCCCAACAAGAGCAGGCACCGGACGACGGCCAUAAUUGUCAACUCAGGGACAACUAUUGAUCUAACUACUGGAAUGGAGAAAAAGGGCAAAGAAAGGAUGGUUGCUAUGCACCCGGAUUCAAUUGAAUGGACUGCCUUUUGGGUUCCUGAUGGACUAUAUGAAUGGCUUGCUAUGCCAUUUGGGCUAAAGAAUGCACCAGCAAUAUUCUAG